GGCUGCUCUCGCUCUCCUGGCGACACUGAGGCUCGCCGUGACAUACGCUUAUUCCAAGAGCCCAUGAAAUAUUUUCUUGCGGAGAAGGCGCUCAGGGUAAUCGGUCGGAGGUCCUCACUUUAUUUUUGGUAGCGAGGAAGUGCCCACUGGAUUAAACAAAAUACUUAGUGAAAUAUGGAAUGUAAAAACGUCUACCUUUUUCUUCUCUGAUUGGCUGGAGCGAUCUCGCUCUAGCGUUCGAGGUGCAGCCCAAUAGGGGGCGCCUGAGUAGCCGGCAGGGAGGUUUUUGGCUCCUUCGUCUCGUCAUAGAGAAAGUACCAGUUCCUGUUCCGGUUCGUUUUCCGACCCGCGAGAAUGGAGGUGCAAGUAGCUCAGUGUACGGAGCGGCUCCAGCGGCAGGAAAAGGAAAUCAAGUGUUUGACUGCAGAAGUUGAUCGCUUGAAAAACUUGGGAUGUUCGGGAGUUUCCCAAAACUUGGAGGGGUUGCGGGAAGAGAAUGCAAAACUUAAAUAUCGCUUAAAUGUUCUACAAAAGAGCCUUCAGGAAGAAAGGAAUAGAGGCAAGCCAUCAAAAAGCAUGAUUAACAUCAAUAGCCACCUUCAGGACAUUUUUGGAGCAGCUAUUAAAGCUGCGUAUCCAGAUCUAGAAAAUCCUCCACUAUCAGUGACACCAAGUCAGCAGCCCAGGUUUGGCGAUUACCAGUGUAACAGUGCUAUGAGCAUAACCCAGAUACUGCUCAAGACCAGGGAGCAAAAAAUAAGCCCAAGAGAAAUUGCUGAUAAGAUUGCCAGAAACAUUUCUGACAAUGAAUGCAUUGCGAAAGUUGAAAUUGCCGGUCCUGGUUUCAUCAAUGUACACUUGAAAAAGGAUUUUGUAUCUAAACAACUAAGCAAUAUGCUGGUGAAUGGAGUUCAGCCCCCUGAUAUUGGUGAAAGGAAAAAGGCAGUUGUUGACUUCUCCUCCCCUAAUAUUGCGAAAGAGAUGCAUGUUGGUCACCUGAGAUCAACUAUAAUUGGGGACAGCAUGUGCCGCCUCUUUGAGUUUGUGGGGCAUGAUGUACUAAGAUUAAACCAUUUAGGAGAUUGGGGUACCCAGUUUGGAAUGCUUAUUGCUCACCUGCAAGAUAAAUUCCCAGAUUAUCUGACUGUUUCUCCCCCCAUUGGAGAUCUCCAAGCUUUUUAUAAGGAAUCAAAAAGAAGGUUUGACACAGAGGAGGAGUUUAAGAAGCGUGCAUACCAGUGUGUGGUCCUAUUACAGAACAAAAAUCCAGAUUUCAUUAAAGCUUGGAAACUUAUCUGUGAUGUGUCUCGGAAAGAAUUCCAAAAAAUCUAUGACUACUUGGACAUCACCUUAAUAGAGAGAGGAGAAUCUUACUAUCAAGAUAAGAUGAACGAUAUUGUGGAGGAAUUUGAAGAACGAGGGUUUGUGCAACUGGAUGAUGGCCGGAAGGUUGUAUUUGUUAAAGGGUGUCCCAUUCCCUUGACAGUAGUGAAAUCUGAUGGGGGGUUCACAUAUGACACCUCAGACUUGACAGCUUUGAAACAGAGGCUGUUUGAAGAAAAAGCUGAUUAUAUAAUUUAUGUGGUCGACAGUGGGCAGUCUGUGCACUUACAAACCGUAUUUGCAGCAGCUCAGAUGAUUGGCUGGUAUGAUCCCAAAGUGACCAGAGUAACUCAUGCUGCUUUUGGAGUGGUAUUGGGAGAAGACAAGAAAAAGUUUAAAACUCGUUCUGGAGAUACAGUCCGGUUGAUUGACCUUCUAGAAGAGGGACUGAAGCGAUCAAUGGACAAGCUGAAGGAAAAGGAAAGAGAUAAGGUUCUUACUCCUGAAGAACUUAAAGCAGCCCAGACUUCAGUAGCCUUUGGCUGCAUUAAGUAUGCAGAUCUCUCCCAUAACAGAAUAAAUGAUUACAUCUUCUCAUUUGAUAAGAUGCUUGAUGACAGAGGAAAUACCGCUGCUUAUUUGCUUUAUGCCUUCACUCGAAUCAGAUCUAUAGCAAGGCUGGCCAGUAUUGAUGAAGAGACACUACAGAAGGCAGCUAGAAAAACAGAGAUAAUACUAGACCAUGAAAAGGAAUGGAAACUAAGCAAAUGCAUUUUGAGAUUCCCUGAGAUUUUACAAAAAAUCUUAGAUGAUCUUUUACUGCACACCCUCUGUGACUACCUCUAUGAACUGGCUACCACAUUUACUGAAUUCUAUGACAACUGCUACUGUGUAGAAAAAGACAGACAAACUGGCAAAAUAGUGAAAGUGAACAUGUGGCGAAUACUCUUGUGUGAGGCAACAGCUGCUGUUAUGGCCAAAGGUUUUGACAUCUUGGGAAUCAAGCCAGUGCAGAAAAUGUAACUACAUUGACUUACAUAAUAUUUUAUAUGCAGACCUGCCAAAAUCAGCAAUUAGUUGACUAUCAUGGCCUGUUAUUUGUGAAAUAAAAAUGUUGAAUGUUAAA